UGUCAUUACACUUGUUAAGUGAUAUAUUUUGAUAUUUUCAAAGAUAGAAACUAAAGAAGUUCUAAAAAAUGGGAAGACAACCAUGUUGUGAUAAGGUUGGUUUAAAGAGAGGACCAUGGACUAUUGAAGAAGAUCAUAAGCUUAUGAGUUUUAUCCUUAAUAAUGGUAUUCAUUGUUGGAGAAUGGUUCCUAAACUUGCAGGUCUUCUAAGAUGUGGAAAAAGUUGUAGGUUGAGAUGGAUUAAUUAUUUGAGGCCAGACCUUAAGAGAGGCGAUUUUACUGAAAUGGAAGAGGAUCAAAUUAUACAACUACAUGCAUGUCUUGGUAACAGGUGGUCAAAGAUUGCUUCGCAUUUUUCAGGAAGAACGGACAAUGAAAUUAAGAAUCAUUGGAACACAAGAAUCAAGAAGAAGCUUAAGUUCCUUGGUCUAGAUCCUGUGAACCACAAGCCAAUUGAACAAAAGCAACAAACUGAUGAUGAUGAAAAAGACAAAACUAACCAACAACUAAAUAUUCCACAAGAGGUUGAAGAAAAUGUAGAGAAUAUUAAAUCCUUGGAGAAUGAUGUCACAAAAGAAAUGACGAAAACAGAAUGGAAAAAAGAAGAAAACAAAGUAACUUGGGAUGAUAGUGAUGAACUUUUAAACAAUUUUGAAAUUCUAUGUUCAAAUUUGGAUUUAGGGACAUGGAUGAAUCAAGGCACCAACACUACUACAAAUUCUGUUUCUAGUUCCUCUAUCUCUUUUGAUGAUACUAGCCACAUUUCUAUUGAUGAGUCCUCUUACCUUCAACAAAAUUCCUUACAACAUUGGGUUGAUAGUAUGGAUUCACUUCUCUCAUGGGAUGGCUUCAAUCCUCUUGAUCAAAAUAUUUCAUUUUUUGGAAAAUAGGAAUUAAAUAACCUAUGAAUCACUGAUACCAGACUCGAACAUGUCGUUACUAAUUUGAGGAAGUUGAAGUAAUUGAAUGAAAUGACAUAUAUCAUUGUCGUAUCAGACACACCGACACAUGUUGAACACCAAACACAACUUCAAUCUGAAUUGGUUAUGCAACAUAGAAAAUAUUCACAUCAUAUAAACUAUCCCUUACAAACUCUCAAGCAAUAAAAUGUUACUAUAGUAAUGUAUAGAACAGUGCCAUUUUUAUUAUCCCUGCAUUUUGUUUUUGGUUGAAUUGAUGCUUAAUGUGAUGAUAUGAUUCAAUAUUGAAUACAAAUUGAAUUAUUUUUAAUGGUUA